AUGUCUGUUAUUAGAAAUAUCAACAUUUUAAAGAUAAGAAAUAAACAUUACUGUUAUAUAAUUAAAAGUAAUUUUUAUUUAAUUUUAAUUCAAAUAAAAAAUUAUUUUUAUAUUUUAAUGCCCAUGAAUUCAAACAAUGGAAGUGAUCAAAAAAGUUUUGAUAGUAAUUAUAGUAGUAUUAAUAGCUCAUCUAUAACAAGUGAAGGCUCUAAUUUAGAUGCUUCAUCUAUGUUAAAUACGUUAAACAUAAAAAGUUCGAAGGAUGUAGCAAAAGAGUUGUAUUAUUCUAUUAAGCAAAAUACACAAUUAAUUGAUACGUUUUUAAAAGAAGAAAAGUGUAUAAAUGAAACAGAGGAAGGUAUGGAAUUCUUGUCUACAGAAGCUAGUUAUGAAUCACUUGGUGUUCCCAAAGAGAUUGUAUUAGGAUUGUUUAAAAUACACAAAGAAGUGCCAUCUAAAAUUCAAGAAACAUGCAUUCCUGUUAUUCUAAGUGGGUGUAACUCAGUAUUUCAUAGCCAAUCAGGUUCCGGUAAGACAAUAGGAUUUACAGUAGGUAUAUUAGGCAGAUUAUUAAAUAAACCUGGAUCACAGGCUAUAGUUGUUACACCUACUAGAGAAUUGAAUGUACAAGUGGCAUCAGAGAUAAAAGCAUUAGCAGAGAAUUCUUCAGGUGCUACUGUUUAUUGUCAGGGAGUUAGCGAUAACAAAGAUGUGAUUAACCAGAGUGUUAUUGUUGGAUGUCCACGUGCACUAACGUUUUUAUUUAAACAAAAUAAGCUUAAUCCUGAUAACAUUCAAAUUAUUGUUUGUGAUGAAGCCGAUCAUCUUUUGUCUUCAAAGAACUUCUUGAUUGUAACCGGUCAAUUACUUAACAUGUGUAAAAAUGCUCAAAAAGUAUUUUUCUCGGCCACUUACAAUGAAAAAACUCAGAAUAUUAUAAAGAAGUUAUGCAAUGAUCAAGUUGAAUGUAAUUUCACUACCAACAAGUUAGCUAAUAAUCUUAAGCUAUAUUAUGUUGAAGUACCUAGAAAUAUUACAAAGAAGUUAGAGUUACUAAAUACGUUAUUUAAGACUUUACAACUUUCAGCUUUAAUAGUCUUUUGUAACAGUAAAAAAGUAGUUGAGAGUGUCUUUAGUAAUUUGAAAAAUGAAGGAUUUCCAGUAUCAAUGAUUCACGGUGAUGCCACUAAGGAUGAAAGAGAUCUUGUUUUUAAUGAGUUUAAAAAAGGAUCAACUAAGUUUCUUAUAACAACUGAUUUGUUUAGUAGAGGAAUUGAUAUUCCACAUGUCAAUUUGGUUAUUAAUUUUGAUUUACCAACUGAUCAAUUUGGAACAUCAGAAGACAUUUACAAUCACAGAGUUGGGAGAACAGGUAGGUUUAAUAGACCAGGUUUUAUAAUUGAUUUUAUUACAGGAAAGGAAGACUUAGAUAGAUUGAUUAAAAUUCAAACUACCCAAAACAAACUUUCUAAAAUGUUUACAAUUGAUGACUUAGUUAAUGUGAUGGCCGAAGAAUAA